GGCGAUUGUAGUGUAUUACUGGUGGUUAACUCAUGCUCUCUUCAGUUGCUUUAAUGAUGAAUCUACUUUUAAUAUUUUUCACACUAUCGUGCAUUAAGAAAACCGGCGCUCAGAUUAAGCAUGUAGACUCUGGUAUGACUGGAUGCAGUGACUCAGAUAAAGAGUUUGUUCUGCAACAUGAUGAUGAGGAAGUAUUUCACUCAGAUUUUAAAAAAAAAGCUCAGGUGAUGAAGUUCCCUGAAUUUGCAGACUCUGUAAAAUUUCCUGAUCUUUAUGAGUUAAGUGACUCAGAUCAAAAGACUUGCAAAUACAACCGUGAUCUAGCAGUGAAAGUCUACAAAAGUCCUCCAGAAGCUCUGGAUGUUCCCCAAAACUCCAUCUAUCCCAGAGAUAAUGUGAGACUUGGUAGAAAAAGCACACUCAUCUGUCAUUCAGCACAUUUCUUCCCUCCUCCUGUUCACACCACCUGGACCAGAAAUGGUGUAAAUGUGACUGAUGACUUCUCAAUCAGUCAGUACUACCCGAAUGAAGAUGGCACCUACAACCAGUUCUCCCACCUGACCUUCACUCCACAGGAAGGAGACGUUUACACCUGCACGGUGCAACACAAGACUCUGGAGACACCCGACACCAAGACAUGGGAGGUGGAAGUUAAGCUUCCCAGUGUGGGUCCGGCUGUGUUUUGUGGAGUGGGUCUGGCUGUAGGACUGCUCGGAGUCGCUACUGGAACUUUCUUCCUCAUCAAAGGAAACCAGUGUAACUGAAAUUAAAGCUCAGAUUACUGCUGUGAAGAUCCACAAUCUUAAUAAAUCCUUAAAUGUUCCUUAACUUUAUAUAAUGAAUUAAUGCAAUGUAUUUUAGUGAAAAAGUAUCCUACAAAAAUAAUAAUACCAAAUGUGUAAUAAAUGUAAAACAUUUUAAUUUUAAACUCUAUUAGCAGAUAUUAUAAAAGUCAUACUGGCCCUUUUAUGUUUCUUGAAUAUAUUUUUUGUGUUUUUAUUUUCUUACUUGACAAGAGCAUGAUUCUUUUAAAAUUCUUUUAAAGGAGCAGGCAAUAAAACACACCAAACACAAGCCACAUUGAAUUCAACUUAGAUUUCAAAAACACAUGUUUCAAUUGUUUCCAGAAUGCUUUAUUAAAACUGUUAAGGGUUUAUUAUGCUGAAUAAAUCAGCAAAGCCAUGUAAAAUCACCACUU